GCUGGUGAUAGGCCAAGGCUAUUAUCGAAAAGUUCAUUUCAGAAAUAUCACUGUUUUCUACUUAUUUGAAGUCAUCUCAAAUUCCCUGUUCUCAAUACUGCCCGUUGUGUCAUCCUCAAUCCACCCCUCUCCUCUCAAUUUUUUCAACCAAACUUUAAAUAUAUCUUGCAAUUUACCGCGCGAGGGGUUGCUCCCAUUAUUGUCCCAACAUCAAUCUAUAUACAGACCACACAAACCAACAAAGUCUCAAUCCCAGACAUGGUCGAAGAAUCCAUUCUCCACCCCAAAUCUUCAACAACAAUCUUUCUAGACCAACCACCAAGUUGUCUACAAUUCUGCCCACAGGACCCUAGUUAUUUUGUCGUGGGCACCUACUUCCUAUCCGAAACGAAGGAUGAAGAAGGAAAUGUGACAGCGCAGAGGAAGACUGGAAGUCUCCAGUUGUGGAAGCUGGAUCCGGUUUCUAGAAAUCUGACACACAUCCAGACUGUACCACUCCCAUACGCAGUCUUCGAUCUUCACUUCCACCCUAGGGAUCCAACACUGCUAGGAAUCGCAUCUAGUGCGGCUUCAGUUGCUUUCUUCCGCGUCUCCAGGACCACAGGGGAGCAAUGUGACCCUCGAAUCCAACAUAUCCGAACGAUAGAUGUCCACGAAGACUCCAGUGUCCCCGCACUCUUCCUAGCUUGGUCUCCAGAAAAGUUCCUCCCUGGGAAAGCAGAAGCAUUUGCCGUCACGUACUCAGAUGGACGAACAUCCGUCUUCGAAACGAAGGAUGAUGACCUUACGGAAGCAGAAUUCACGGAACACCAGUUCCAACCAAAGCAGAAGAUUGAAGUUUGGUUCGUUGCUUUAGGUACUUUUCAAGAAGAUUGCCACAAUGACAAGUUCUCCUCGUUCCUUUUCACUGGAGAUGAUUUCGGAACACUGCGGACUAUCCGAUUCGCUGCGAGUGAGGAUGAAGGAAAGACAGAAGACGAUGCAGCUUCUCUGCCUCCAACUUUGCUGGACUAUACUGAUCGAGCUAGACAUCAUACUGCGGGUGUUACUUCUAUUCUUCCGCUUCCCGUCCCAUUGUUUCAAGGAGCCCCGCUCAUCCUGACAGGUAGUUACGAUGAGUAUCUCCGCGUAUACCACGCUACGCAGAGAGGUAAUGUUCUUGCAGAGUUGUGUCUUGGUGGAGGUGUUUGGAGGUUACAGAUAUUACGUUCCUCCACAUCGUCAGAGAAGACCUUCUCUGCUUUAGUACUUGCUAGUUGCAUGCAUACGGGGACGAGGCUGCUGCGGGUCUCUUGCAAUAGAUGGGAUGAGGGAGAUUGGAGCAUUGAAGUAUUGGCUAAAUUUACGGAGCAUGAGAGUAUGAACUACGCUUCGGAUGUGUGGCGGGGGAAGAAUCUUGAUGAAUCAGAACUGCUCAUCGUCUCGAGCAGCUUCUAUGAUCGGAGGGUUUGUGUUUGGGGCGCAGACUUGUAGUCUUGCUACUUGAACAUUAAUCCACGCCUGCGCAUGCCUUCAAUCUUCCGCUGACUCGGAGAAACGCCAGAAAGGCGAG